AUGACCAUCAAUAACCAGGCUCCCCUCGCAACCGACCCCGCUGUCUACGAAGGCUACGCCGCCAAGUGGGCCAAACUUCCCUCUUCAGAGGAGGAGUGGCUCGCUCGCGCGAGAGAGGUUGCAGACGUGCUCCGCCAGGACGCGACUGAGCGCGACGCAGUCAACGCCUCCCCCGUCGCUGAAGUCGAGCUCCUCAAGCACUCGGGCCUCCUCAAGGUCCUCGGGCGGACCAAGUAUGGCGGCGGCGGACAGCCGUGGUCUGUCGGCUAUGCCGUGACCCGCGAAGUCGCCAAGGGUGACGGCAGCAUCGGCAUGCUCCUCGGCUAUCACACUCUGUGGGCGCAGAUCGCCGACGUGGUGGGCAGCGAGGAGCAGGCGGACGCACUACAUAAGGUCUACGUCACGAACAACUACUAUAUCGGUGGAGCCGUCAACCCCCGCGAUAACGACCUCAAGAUCACCGACGUCGGCGAGGAGAUCACCUACUCUGGUUUCAAGCAUUUUACGACUGGGGCUGCGAUCUCGGACCUCAUCGUGCUCGAGGGCGCACUCGCGAGCGGAGAACACAUCUUCGCUGUCGUCCCGACCAAGCAGCCCGGCAUCGAGUUUGCUUACAACUGGAACAACGUGGGUCUGCGCCUGACCGAGAGUGGGAGCGCGACCGUCACCGACGUGCGCGCCCCCUGGUCUGCAGCCCUCGGGUGGAAGGACAAGAAGAUCGACCCUGCCGUGCUGGGGAUCGCGUACCCGACCCUCCUCCUACCUCUGAUUCAGCUUGUCUUCUCCAACUUUUACCUCGGCAUUGCACAGGGGGCACUCGCCACCGCCAAGGGCUACACCACUACCACCACGCGGCCGUGGCCCUUUGGUGGCGACAACAAGGACAAGGCGACGGACGAGUUUUACAUCCUCGAGCGCUACGGCAACUUUUACGCUCACCUCGCAGCCGCCGAGGCUCUCACAGACAAGGCUGGUGCCCUCGCCUCGGUCCUCACGGCCAAGCCCCGCGCCGAGGUUACCGCCCGAGAGCGCGGCGAGUUCGCCGAACUCGUCGCCUCUGUCAAGGUCGUCAACACCGACACGGCACUGCGCGUCACUGGAGGCCUGUUCGAAGUCACUGGUGCGCGCGCAACCGCGUCCAAGGUCGGCUUUGACCGUUUCUGGCGCGAUGUGCGCACGCACACCCUCCACGACCCGGUCGCGUACAAGAAUCGCGAGCUUGGUCGCUACGUCCUUCUUGACGAGGUGCCUGAGCCGACGUGGUACACGUAA